GAAUGAAUCGCUUUCCGUGCGAUGUGAUAUAAGCUUGGAUUCUGAUACAUUGACACUAAUGCAUCAAUGUGUUAGAUAGACAGGAUAAUGUCCCCACUGAAAGCACAAUUGCAGUAGAUAACAUGCCCAAGAUGAAGAGAAAGAAAAAGAAUCCUCCUGCCGUCGUCACCGUGGCUCCGUUGUACAAUGAAGAUAUCGGUUUCGAAGGACUGAAGAAGAAACGAUUUUCGGGUGGAAACCAAAUAAUCCAACAACAAUUUGACAACCAAGAAGAGAAGAGACGCAACAAGCGAAUGGUGAGUUAGUAGCCAUCUUUCUAACGAGGGCUGUACUUUAUUGAGCAAUCAAGUUACCAGAACGUUAUUCACAUUCACUGUUAUUCUUUCCGAACGGACAGAAACGAUUUAUAGAGCACAAUCAAAAGAAAUCUCUGACAACAACGCGUGAAAUAAUUCAUGAUGACGAAAUCAAGACCGGCUUUGGUUACCCGAAGAACAGAGAUUGCGACGUGUCUGGAAACGGCAGUCGAUUAGUAGGUAGGAGUACAGCACUAGAAAAGUGUUACAUGCGACUGACGGCUGCUCCAAAGGCAGAUGAUGUACGACCACUUCCAGUCUUGAGGAAGUCUCUAGCUCAUGUCAAGGCGCACUAUAUUCAAUAUGAAGACUUUGAUUUCGCAAAUGAGCAACUUAAGAGUAAGUUUCACAUGAGAGGGUAAUCGAGGAAUUGAUCGAACAUUUUUAUGUAACUAUUUCGUUUGCUGACAGCUCCUAAAUUGAAUUCAUAGGUAUUCGACAAGAUAUAACAGUUCAGCAUCUCCAAAACAAUUUUGUACUAGAAGUUUAUGAAACGCACUCUCGCAUUUUAUUGGAGAAUGGAGAUCUCAAUGAAUUUAAUCAGUGCCAGACAAUGAUCAAAAGCUUGACGAGUUCGGAACACCCAACUAGUGCUUCGGAGCGUACUUUAGGAGGCCAUCAGCAUAACCGUUAUUUCGGCAGCUCGAAAAGGCACACUAAAGGAAGUGAUAUUCUUGUUCAAUGUGAAGAAACAGCUGAUGAGUUUCGGGCAUACAAUUUACUUUACGACCUUGUCCAGAACUCAUGGUGUGAUCUCAAAGUACACAUUGGAUCGACAAGAAUUGGAGUAGAAAUUGCCAAUCAAGCCCAAGAUCCGAAAACAUCAAAAAGAUCGAAUCGAAUACCUCUCAUAACUCGAGGGUCUUCGGUAUUUCAUGCCCUGAGUGUGGUGAAGGCGAUCAUCGACGAUGACUAUCUCGCAUUUUUCCGCUUGUAUGAAUCAGCACCCCAUAUGUCAGCCUAUCUUAUGGACUUUUUAGUCCGUCGAGUUAGGAAUGUGGCCUAUACUCGCAUUAUAUCUGCCUUUCGACCAACAAUUUCCACCGAAUACUUUCGAGAAGCGCUUGCUUUCCGGGAUCUAGAAGAAACGCGCCAGUUUUUGAUAGACAAAGGCGCUGUCUUUUUGAAUGACAACGACGGUGACCCUCUGUUCUGGAUUGAUUGCAAAGCUACGUAUGCAGUUUACCUACAUAGAACAAAAUGAAUACCAUUUAAUGAGACGCCAGAGCCAGAGCUCCUGCUGCCAGAGAGGAAAUUGAUUUUUAUGUGCUAUCAGUGAAAAUACCCAUUCAGUGGACAGCAAAGGGUCUGGGGCACUGAUGAUAGCCUGACAAUCUGAUUGCAGACCUCCAAAAACUGGGCGCACAAAAUAUGUACUACUAUGGAUUAACAUGUGAUACGUACGUCAAUAGCAUCUUUGUCUUUGCCCCAGAUGGAAAAAUUAGAGCUUGCACAUUCAACUGUCCUGGAUCUUGGCAUGAUAGCACCAUUUCUUAGUAUUGAGUCUACAGGAAUAUGGAGCGCAUGUACAACUUGUUGUUUUAUGGAGCAAAGGUUAUGGUCGACUCAGCCUUCAUCUUGCAAGACAAGCAAUAUCUUGUGAAAAACUCCCAGCAGAGGGAUCCAGACCUUCCCUUGAAUGAGGCUGCUGCUAGAGCUGCUAUAUUGAUAAGCUGACAAGCUAGUACAUCACUGAGACAGCUGUUGGAGUGGGGCAUGAGGAUGAUCCAAGGACAAUUUCCAAGGCUGAAGGACAGGAUCUGGUGUAUUGAGAAGCAAGGUGAAAGGAAAGUUAUCUUGAACACAGUGAUCUUGUUGUACAAUUACCAGGCCAGCAACUCCAAUUUUGCUGUUCCUAUUUGAAAGUCCCCUUAUUUACUACACACUUAUACGUAGAAUCAGUACCACCAAGGUAAAAAAAUUAGCAUGCAUGCG